AUGUUGGGUAAGGUUAUGAUGAGUAAGGUGGAACGCAGUGCCGCCGUACCCAACAUAACCAUACUAACUUUUAUUUCACAAUACAAAUUCAUUAUUUCAUCAACAAUUAUCAGUGAAUCAAACAUCGAAUCAUUCAUCAGAUACAGUCUUAAAACAUGUGAUUUCGAUAAAACAUGUUCAUUCAUCGCAUCUCAUAUCUCUUUUCUUGGACCUUCAAAACUUUGUCUUCUUUUUGAAUCUGUUUAUCAUUCUAUUGCAUCAUCGUAUUUUAACGAAAACAUCGAUGAUACUUUUAUUGAUUUUAUUUCAAAUAUUUUGAGUAACGAACAUGUUUUUGUCUACAAUGAAGAUGAUAUCUGUGAUUUUGUUAUUUCAUUCAUCAAAACAUUUUCACCUUUAUUAUCAUUUUCAUCAUCAUUUUCAGAAACAUCAAAAACAUCAAAUACAUCAAAUACAUCAAAUACAUCAAAAUUCGACAAACUGAUUGAAUUCAUCAGAUUCGAAUUCUGCACAAACGAAACAAUUUCUCGUUUUAUCAAAUUUUAUUCUUCAUUCAUCAACUCCUUUGAUCAAGAAAUGAAAACAGAAAAUAAAUCAUAUGACAAUAUUCAAAACGAAAAUGAAAUCUUCACUCAUUUAUUUGAAACAUUAAUGUUAUCAUCAAAUGAUAACAUUAACAAUAACAAUCAUAAAAAACCAAACAAUUUAAUAAAAUUUCAACAACAGAUGAAAAUAUAA